AUGGCAGAGCUAGUCAUUUAUGGUCGCGAUUCAUGCGGCCUUUGUACCAAGUUCAAGAAGGACUGCGAGAAGGAGGACUUGAAAUACAGAUGGAGCAGCAUCGAAGUGGCUGCCAAUAAGGCUGAGAUGUCCCGGAAGCUUCGAGCCUGCUCGUGGUUCAAAGGUGGGACCUUCGGCCUUCCCCUCGUCGACAUGUAUGGGGAUAUGCAGUCCAGGCCCACUGUCGAGUCAGUCUUGGCUGCGAAAAAGGCAUUGCCAAGCGACAGCGAGGUGGCAAAGAUCAAGAAGCAGUUCAAGGAGCUGGACGUGGACAAAGAUGGCACGCUCAGCUUCGAGGAGAUGAAGAAGAUGCUCACUACCUUGAGUCCAAAGCUGUCCGAGGUCCAGCUGCAGAAGCUCUUCUGUGCGGCUGACGUGGACCAGAAUGGCAAGGUCGAGAUGGAAGAGUUUAUUGACUUUGUCCUCAAUGGCAAGCAAGUGGUGGCAAAAAUCUCGCAGGAACCCCCACAGGGCACGCCUUCGGCAGAUGGCGUCCGUGCAGACUGGAAGAAGGACGUUCUAGCCGCCCACAACGACUUCCGUGCCGAGCAUGGCGCCGAGGCGCUGACCUGGAGCGACGAGUGCUACCUCCUUGCCAAGAAGCAGGCCAACGCUUGCCAAGAGAGGAGUUGCAUGUACCAUGGUUCCCUGGACGGGCCCUCCGGCCGGCAUGGUCAGAACAUCUACUGGUGCAGCAUGCCUGGGAAGGAUGCGCAGCCGAUGGUCGAGGCCUGGUAUCAGGAGCUUAUCAAGCCGGGCUAUGACUUCGAGAAAGCCACUUUCACGCCUGGGACUGGCCAUUUCACCCAGGUGGUCUGGAAAGGAACCACCCAAGUGGGUAUGGCUUUAUCUGAAGAUGGCCGCUUCUGCGUGGCGAACUACUUUCCUGCGGGGAACAUGAUGGGAGCUUUCAAGAAAAAUGUGCUCCCACGUGGCAGCCCGUAUGCGCCCAAGGAGGAGGCGCCGAAACCAAGGGCGAAGGCGGCGCCGAAGCCCAAGGCUGAGGCAGCAGGCGGUGGCGGUGAUGCUGCUCCUGCAGCCGGCCCUACCAAAGUUACGGCGAAGGCCAUGACUCCGGAGCUUCUGGCCACCCUGACUGACUGCCCCUUUCCCUACAAGGAGAAGAUCGAGCAGGCAUUCGAGAAGGCAGGCGUGGAGGUGUCAGUGGCCCGAUCGGAGGAAGGCAUCCGCAAGACCAUUGAGGUGACCAUCAAGGACGGCGGGUGUACUAGCCGGAUGCGUGGAACCUGGGGAGGAGGCUGA